AUGGAAAACAUCAGCUUUGUCAAGGAUUUUGUCAUAGUCGGCUUUCCUGGACUUCAGCCUCAUUACUAUGGCCUUGUAUCAGCACUUCUGUUUUUUGUUUAUGCAUUUACUUUGGUGGGAAAUGCUGUAUUUUUUACAUUGUUUGUAACGACUAAGAGCCUUCAGAAGCCUGUAUAUUAUUUCAUUAUAAAUCUUGUUGUGUGUGAUGUAUUAUUCAGCACCACAACAUUACCAAAGAUAAUUAGCAGGUAUUGGUUCCAAGAUGGGACCAUUUCAUUCUUGGGUUGCUUUAUUCAGAUGUUCUUUGUACAUUAUUUAGGUGGUGUCUGUUCACUUGUUCUGGCAAUAAUUGCUAUAGAUCGCUAUGUAGCAAUAUGUUACCCACUUCAAUAUCAUAGUAUCAUGACAAACAGAAAUGUGCUCUUUCUUUUUUUUGGCUCUUGGAUUUUGGGCUCCUUAGGCCCGUUGGCAAUGGUCAUUCGCGCUUACCCUCUCCCUUAUUGUACAGAAAAUACCAUUAUACACUGUUACUGUGAUCAUUUUUCCAUCACAACACUGGCAUGCACAGACAGAACACCAUAUAGGUUUCCAGCUCUCAUCUAUGCCUUUGCAAUACUGUUGGGGCCCUUUGCUCUUAUUAUUUUUUCAUACUGCUCCAUCUUUGCAGCAGUUAUGCAAAUUUCAGGUACUCAAGGAAGACUGAAGACUUUUUCCACCUGUAGUCCUCAGCUCAUCAUAAUUGCUCUCUUUUUCCUACCCAGGUUAUUUAAUUAUUUGUCUAACAAUAUCGGUAUAAAAUUCAGCACUGAUUUGCGAUUAGUCAUUAUUAUGAUAUAUAGUCUGCUACCACCCAUGAUCAACCCCCUUAUUUAUUGUUUGAGAACAGAAGAGGUAAAAAAGAUAUUUAGAAGUUAUUUUCAAAAGAAACAAAUUGGUUUUCCUUUACGGUUGCUCUGA